AUGAAUAAUCAGAAUUAUGUUUUUUGUAGUAUCUAUUUUCCAUCAACGAACAGUAACUUGGCUGAUUUUAUCGACACUCUAACUUGCCUUAAUGCAGUGUGUACUCAAUUAAGUUACAGAGAAGAGCAAAUCAUUAUUGCAGGCGAUUUUAACGUACAUGUAUCGGAUCCACGUUCAGGUCAACGUGAAAGUAAUAGAGGAAAACUACUCCUUGAAAUGUUUGCUGAAUUUGACAUGUUUCCAGUUAACGUGGAUAUGCCCUGUAUGGGUCCGCUAUUCACGUAUUACUCAAGUUGUGGUAACAGUGUUGUUGAUUACAUUUUUGCGAGUAAGAACAUCGAAAGAAUUGUAAAGUGUGUUAAAGUUGGCGACGAACAUCCGUGCAAUUUAUCUGCCGUUGGUUGCUGGCAUUGAAAUUUCUGCUGGUAUAAACUGCCAUGAAUCAUCUAAUAAUUUAGAAAACGAGUAUGAACGAAUUGCGUGGAGAAAAUGUGUUUCGGAACAAGUACUAGAAUAUCAAAGGAGAUUAAAUGAUACAAUCAUAACAAUGGAUGAUACCUUAUACACCAGUGAUGACGUUGAGAACUAUUAUCGUUUGAUCUGUCGCAGCAUAAAAAGCAGCGACAAAUGUCUACCUCGUACGAAGUAUAAGACGUCCAUCAAGCCCUACUGGAAUAAUGAACUCAAGCGAUUAAACAGAGGAGAAUGAUUUCAAAGAGCUUAGUGAGGCUUCCGAGAUCGAUCACAUCAGGUUUUGGAAAUAUGUAAACCGACGUAGAAAGAAGAAAAGAUCAACUAAUGUGCUCACAACGAAUGAUGGAAGAACUAUCUCAAACCCAGAAGAAAUAGCAGAUGUGUGGGCUAAUUACUAUGAAAAACUUUUAACUCCUGAGGAAAAUACAAAUUUUGAUGAUGACUUCAGGGAGUAUAUCGAUAUCGAGGUUAGUGACAUAACAAAAAACUCCUUAGCUGAAUUUGAUGAUAUCUUUCAGGAUCCCAUAACUUUAAAAGAGAUCGAGGAUGUGCUAACAGAAUUACCAAAUAAUAAAGCUCCCGGUGAUGAUGGCAUAACGUAUGAACAUAUUAAGUACUCUGGGGAUAUUCUGGCUGCCAAGCUGUUGAUACUUUAUAAUAAGAUCAUUGAAUUGGAGUACAUCCCAAGACAAUUUAA